AUUCGAGAUAGCAAGUCGAUAAUCAAUCAUCAUGGGCCGUGGACCAAAGAAGCAUCAGAAGCGCUUGAGUGCGCCUUCGCACUGGCUCUUGGACAAACUGUCCGGUUCUUAUGCUCCUCGCCCAUCUCCUGGUCCUCACAAGCUGAGAGAUUGCUUGCCUCUCAUCGUUUUUAUUCGCAACCGUCUGAAGUAUGCCCUCAACGCGCGGGAGACCAACGCCAUCCUCAUGCAGCGUCUCGUCAAAGUCGAUGGCAAAGUCCGCACUGACUCCACCUACCCCACCGGCUUCAUGGACGUAAUUACCAUCGACAAGACUGGCGAGAACUUCCGCCUCGUCUAUGACACCAAGGGCCGUUUCACCGUCCACCGCAUCCAAGCCGAGGAGGCCGAAUACAAACUGGGCAAAGUCAAGCGUGUUCAGCUCGGCAAGGGCGGAAUCCCAUUCUUGGUUACGCACGAUGCUAGAACGAUCCGAUACCCUGACCCUGCUAUCAAGGUCAACGAUACUGUGAAGAUCGAUCUGGCCACUGGCAAGAUCACUGAUUUCAUCAAGUUCGACACUGGUGCCAUCGCCAUGGCUACCGGUGGUCGUAACAUGGGACGUGUGGGUGUCAUUACCCAUCGUGAGCGCCACGAUGGUGGUUUCAAUAUCGUCCACAUCAAGGAUGCCAUUGACAACUCCUUUGCCACCCGUGAGAGCAACGUCUUCAUCAUUGGACAGGACAAGCCAUGGAUCAGCCUGCCCAAGGGCAAAGGUGUCAAGCUCUCUAUUGCUGAAGAGCGUGACCGCCGCCGUGCCAUGGCCCUUGCUGGUCACUAAAUAUGUAGUGAUAUAUGAAAAAAGUAUAAUAUAUGCUCAUGAAUAAACAAUUUCCGUGAGGAGAAUGGCGUCUUGUAAUGGUUUGAAUUUCUGAUACCUCUUGUUUUGAAUCCUGCGGUUGUUCCGGCUUUUCCAUAGUAUACUAUCCAGGGUGAAAGAUUCCGUGGAAGUUAAUGCGUGAGCACAAUCCACCUUUUUCAUCUGACAUGAUUCUUGUACUUUCCCUAAAGCCCUCUGCAAACGUAGCUCAAUUCUAGAAAACAAAAGGAAUACGUCACGACGCAAGAUUUGCCAAAUUUCCCAGAAGUCCGGGAUUUUCUUUCUGUUGAGACAAUUAAUUACAGGGGUCAUUUCGAGAAAAUUCCUAAUAUCAUACUUUUCAUGAAACCAUGUUGCCUCGCUAGCCCCAGCUUGCAUGUGCGCAGACCGAGACCUUAACGUUCCAGUCAUAUAUUCAGCCAACUCGGAACAGCAAAGAGAAACCAGAAACCCACAUAAAGGCCCGCUGGCGAUUCCUAUCAUUUAUCAUUUUC